GGACUAGUUUAGCCCCGCAUUGUUUCCAAAUAUAAUUACAAGUCAGUCCUGAGUGGGAAAGAAGUGGCCUGUGAGCAGGACAUCUAGAGCCCAGGCCCAGCUCUGCUGCUGUGUGGCUGUGUGACCUCAGGAUAGUGUUCUGGUCUUGAUUGGGAGAACAGGAAGCCUGUGAUUACUUCCACUUGGACCUUCCUUUCAUAGUAACCAUUGUCUACUGUCUGAAAGUCAGCGUGGGAAUCCCGCCUUUUGUGUAUAUCUCUUCCUGCACAGCACUUGAGGUCUGGGGACAAAAAUCACAAGAUUAAAUAAGAGCAUGUGUGUAUACUAAUGGGAAUAAUCUGGCAGACAAAAAAAAACUGGUGAUACAGGAGAAGAUGACUAGAAUAAUGUCCUCGUGCUGAUGAGAGAGGAUCCCAGGCAACGUGGACGAGAUGAACUUGGAGCAUGGAGAAUCCAUCCUCAUGGCAGGAGGGAAGCAGAUCAAAUAAGAGCAUGUGUGUAUACUGAUGGGAAUAAUCUGGCAGACAGAAAAAAACUGGUGAUACAGGAGAAGAUGACUAGAAUGAUGUCCUCAUGCUGAUGAGAGAGGAUCCCGGGCAACGUGGACGAGAUGAACUUGGAGCAUGGAGAAUCCAUCCUCGUGGCAGGAGGGAAGCAGGUUCUUCUCAUGCCUGAGACUGUUGUGCAUAAAGCCAGCCUGGCAGACUGGAAGAUGAGAGCCACAUGGAAAACUGAGGCGGUCCAGUCAGCAAGCAGCGCCCACCAUCAGUCGUGGGAGUGAGGCUAUGUGGGAACACCCGCCUAAGUCAUAGAAUCACAGAACAAUCUCCUUAUUGCUCACUGUGGGGAAGCCAGCUACCAUGCCAGGAGGAUACUCAAGCAUCUCCAUGGAGGACUCGUGUGUCCAGGAACCAGGGCCUCCGGCCAGCAGCCAUGUGAACAAAGCUGUCUUGGAAAGCAGAUCCUCCAGCCCCAGUCAAGCCUUCAGAUGACUGCAGCCCCAAGGGACAUCUUGACCUCAUUCCAUGAAACACUAUAAGCCAAAACCACCUCAGUGAGUCGUGACAGACACCUAUGUGGACCCCGGUCUUUGCCAUCACAAACAACGUUGCAGUGAGCAUCUUCUCACCUGUCUCCUUAGGCCUGUGCAGAGUUUCUCUGGAUGAGGAACCCAAGAGUGGAACGGCUAGAACAGAGGAUGCUCUCAGCGUCUAGAUGGAGCCCUCAGACAUCCCAGAGUCCACCACCUCGUAUGAGUAUGACCCUCAGAGCUUUCUGUGUGAGAAGAGGACCUUCGUCUUCGCCACGGUCAGCACCACCGUCCUCUACUGCCUGGUGUUCUUUCUCAGCAUGGCGGGCAACAGCCUGGUGCUGUGGGUCUUGGUGAAGUAUGAGAGCCUGGAGUCCCUCACCAACGUCUUCAUCCUCAACCUGUGCCUCUCAGACCUGGUGUUCUCCUGCUUGCUGCCCGUGUGGAUCUCGGGGUACCACUGGGGCUGGGUGCUGGGAGAUGUCCUGUGCAAGCUCCUCAACAUGGUCUUCUCCAUCAGCCUCUACAGCAGCAUCUCCUUCCUGACCAUCAUGACCAUCCAUCGCUACCUGUCGGUGGUGAGUCCCAUCUCGUCCCUGCGCGUCCACACCCUCCAGCGCCGUGUGCUGGUGACCGCCGCCAUCUGGGCGGCCAGCAUCCUGUCCUCCGUCCCCGACGCCAUCUCCCACAAGGUGUUCCCUUCGGGCUGUGACUAUGCCGAACUCGAGUGGUUCCUCGCCUCCGUCUACCAGCACAAUGUCAUCUUCCUGCUGUCCGUGGGGGUCAUCCUGUUCUGCUACGUGGAGAUCCUCAGGACCCUGUUCCGCUCGCGGUCCAAGCGGCGCCACCGGACCGUGAGGCUCAUCUUCACCAUCGUGGCGGCGUACUUCCUCAGCUGGGCUCCCUACAACCUGAUCCUGUUCCUGCAGACACUGUUGAAACUGGGGGUCAUUCAGAGCUGCGAGGUCAGCCAGCAGCUGGAUUACGCCCUGCUCAUCUGCCGCAACAUUGCCUUCUCCCACUGCUGCUUCAACCCAGUGCUCUACGUCUUCGUCGGGGUCAAGUUCCGCAGGCACCUCAAAAGUCUGCUCCGGCGCUUCUGGCUCUGCCGGCAGCAGGCGCCCAGCCUUCCUCCGUCACCUCACCCCCCAGGUGCCUUCACCUACGAGGGCAUCUCCUUCUAUUGAAGGGGAGUUUGGUGGGGCAGGAAGGAGGGAGAGGGCAUGUGGCUGGGAAACGCUACAGCUGCAGCUGGGGGAUGACAGCGAUACGUUACACCAGGGGGUCCUGUGGGCCCCCUCUUCUGUGGAGAAGUUCCCCACCUGGAAAUCUUACAUUGCCAUCCAGAAAAAUGCUUCUUAGAUUCUGAGGAACUCUUUUCUCCUUUAUUCCUUCAUUCAGACACGGAUUUCUCAUCUUUGCUCAGGUCAGGAGACUCUCAAAUAUGAAAGGCUUCCGGGAAAGGAGCAUCCUUCAGGACUUGAUGAGGGUCUGGAAUUCAGUUGUGCAGCUCUAGGCUGCUGGCGAGACGGUGUUCCCUCCCUGACUGUAGGACUGUCCCCCAGUGUUGGAGGUGGUGGCUCCGGAUGGGACUGUCUGUAGAAGUGAUCACACCUGCAAACAAGCACAGUCAGAGUGAAAUCUGGAUUCUGAAUUCCCACAGCUGGACCGGAGAUGUGCUCUGUACCAUAGCUCCAGUUUCUAGCACAUGAAGUGGCACUUGAAUAUUUAGUCUGUAAAUCUUUUAUUGAAAGAAUGAAUGCAGUAAGUUCCACCUUCUGCAGGCAUUUACGUGGAAGCUAUAAAAAUGAAUGAGAUGCAGAUGCUAACCUCCAGGUGCCAACAGUUGAGCUCUGACGGCCCAGAUAACUAAACACCCACUUUGCUGAAGGCAUCCAGGGUGAAGAUUCCUCCAACACCUCCUCCUCUCCAAGUGGAUAUUGAGCUGACGUUUCUGAUUCAUCACGUUCCACCUAAAGUGUUCUCCUGCUCCUGGUUGCUGCUGCCAGCUUCCCCCACGAGCUGGGUUAUCUUGGAGCCCUGCAUUUCCUUUCCUCUAUGCCCACGGCCAAGUCCUGUUGAUGUUACCUUCCCAGUAUCUCUCACAUGCCUGUUGCUUCCUCCCCAAACAGCCUCAUAUCCUCAGCAUCUUCCUGCUGCUCAUUUCUUUCCCCUCCAGUGUCCUCUGCAUUGAUAUCAUGGCACUUCAAAACCCUCACGUUAUGUUCAAAUAAAGCCCAAAUACCAUAGGCUUUAUCUGCAUGUAAAUAAAGGCCCCUUCAAUCUGG